AGGACGGACAAAUAGCUGUGUCGCAUGUUAUUUCACCGGUUUUUACUGCCACAAGCAUGCCGGUUUGAUCAUGAAUUUUAAUUGGAUAUGACAUGUGUUUUCCUUCCAGAGAGGACAAUGAUAAGAACAUGAUCAGCGCCGAUGGCUUCUCAAAAUGCGAGGCGACUCUUCCAGAGGGAGCAAGGAAGAGGCCACCCGCAGAGAUGCUCCAUCUGCUGUCAGCUGUUAUUGUUUGGCUUGUGACGGGAACCACCAUCUCCAGCCUCAACAAAUGGAUAUUUGCCGUGUACAACUUCAGGUACCCUCUACUGCUGUCAGCGCUGCACAUGCUGACAGCUAUAGUGGUGGACUAUGGGCUGAUCAAACUGCAAGUGAUCCGCCAUAAAGAGUCUGGAGUGCAGGUGCUGACCCACAGUGCAAAAUGUAAGGUGUUCCUGUUGAGUCUGACUUUCUGUGCGAGUAUCGCUUUUGGGAACAUGGGUUUGAACUAUGUCCAGCUGUCGUUUGCACAAAUGAUCUACACCACCACCCCGAUCUUUACUUUGGCCAUCUCUACGCUGAUCCUGGGCAAGCAACACCAUUUCCUCAAGUACACAGCCAUGAUGCCCAUCUGCCUGGGGGCCUCCUUCAGCAUCAUGGGAGAGGUCCAGUACGACCGGACCGGCUGCUUCUUUGUGUUUGCAGCCACCAUGUUGAGGGGCGUCAAGACCAUUCAGCAGAGCAUCUUACUCCAGGAGGAGAAGAUCAACUCUGUGUUCCUGCUCUACCUGAUGUCCAUUCCCAGCUUCUGCAUCCUGGCGGUGGCCGCUCUGGCGUUAGAGAACUGGGCCGUGCUGGAGUCCCCGUUUCACUACGACUGCCACCUGUGGGUCUUCAUCCUGCUCAGCUGCCUGGGCUCAGUCAUGUACAACCUGGCCAGCUGCUGCGUCAUCACGCUCACCUCCGCCGUCACUCUGCAUAUCCUGGGCAACCUGAGCGUGGUGGGCAACAUGCUGCUGUCUCAGCUGCUUUUCGGCAGCGAGCUCUCCGCCCUGAGCUGCGCCGGCGCCGUGCUCACGCUAUCCGGCAUGCUCAUCUAUCAGAACUCAGAGUACAUCGUCAGCUUCAUGGACGCACGCAAAGCCAAAGCUGAAAAGUCUGAACAUGUGGAUUCUCACACGACAAGCGGAGAGGACGUGGACAAAACGAGUGAAUCUGAACCGACACACCCUCAGCCGAGAGCAGACGGGAAACGGGAGGAUAAGAUAGACUGAACAGAGAGGAUGAAGGAGAGAAUAAAACAAGUUGAAGGAUGAAAUGAAAAGCCUCUUGCUGUAGUUGUCUAACCGUUUGUGUCUGUAAGUGGUCAAGAGCAGCAGCAGAGGGAGUGUGACCUUAUAAGGCCAUAAUCACUGAUGAUGUGACAGAUUUAUUCUAUUUUACUUAACAUCCUCCUUUAAUUUCUUCUCUGGUCACACCGAAGACGAGUCUUUAGAGAGGAAGAGCUUGCCUUUAUGGUGACGGUUGAAUUCUCUCCUUCAUCUGUAGAUCACUCAACCCUAGCCUGUAGCGGUAUAUGCAUGCAUGAGCACACCAAACUGUCUGAUACCUCAUGAGGUAUUCACACUGUCACUCAUACUCCUCCACUGUGAACAUGUCCUCCCUCUGAGCGUGUUUUGGGCGGCGGUCGUGGAUCCUGCAGAGAGCCUGGUGUGUAUCACUCCGUCAAAUCUGAACGGCACAAUUUGUACUAAAACUAUAUUUGAAUGGUACUGUUACCUGACAUUCACCUGUCACGUGAGGGACUGGGGUUUUGGCAGCUUUUUUCUUUUUUCUUUUUAUUGUUAUGUGAAGCAGGCAGCUUGUUAGAUAAGGACACUAAACGUUAUAUUCAGAGGCAGAAGCUACAACGAUGGACAAAGCCAACAUAAUUGUGCAAUGAGACAACUCUUUUCCUCUACUGAAGCACAUUUUAACUUAAAGAGGUCUGCAUGUCUUGUUCUCACAUAUCACCCUCAGUGUGGCUGCAGUUAAGGCCUAGAUUUUGUUCUCAGGCAGUCUCUGUAGAAUAAGUCCAAUUAUUUCCAUCACUGCGUUCCUCGCUGUAGCUUUCCUCAAUAAUUAGGUUCACGAGUUCUCUAAGGAGUGUCACUCAACUUUAGCUGCCGUGUCCCUGUGGAAGAGAUAAGGGAAAAGACAAUUAAGAUGUCCUUUAAAGGUUGCUUCUUAAAUCCAAUCUUCAGUUACUGUAGGUUUGAUGUUCCCCUCUCUGCCGGGGACAUCUUCUUAAAGUUGGGAACACUUCCUGAAAAACUGACCUCUGCUGGACAGUGUUAUGUUUUAGUUUUUUUCAGUAUUUGAAAAUCAUUUUCCUGACAUUAUUUUAUUUUGUGACAAAACACAUUUUAUCCCGCUUUUAAUAUUUGUUUGGAAGAAAAUAUGUAUUUUGGAACGCCCAGAGCAGUCGCUGGCUUUGUGAUGCUGUAGAUUUAGGUCCUGAAGUGUCUUGCACAUGCAUAGGUUUUAACAUUACAGUGAAGUCUGUUACGAUCCCUCCGACAUGUACGUUGUGCCAAAUGUCUCCAUAAGAUUUCUGGUACCACUGUGCGAAAUAUUUGUUCUGUCAUCAAUCCAACACGAUCAUUGCUCACUGGCAGUUUGAUUUCUCACAAGACGACGACAACAACAACAAAGCCAUACGUCAAGGUUUUUUAUUUAUGACACCCGCCACGUUUUCUCUAUAUUUUGCCAUAACAAAUAACUGCAGGAAGCAUUGUUUGCUUAAAUAUUUUACUAUUGCAUAUUUAAAAUGUCAAGGGUGCCAUUCAUGCAAUUACAUAACAUCAUAUGUACACUUUUUCCACAGUCAGUUAUUGGGAGAAUACACAUGAAAAGAUUUUCUUUUGCAGUUUGAUGAAUAGUUUUGUGGGUGUAAUAUUUCAAAACUAGUUAAAAGAUUGUGUACAGCAGAUCAUUUCACUGGUUUUACAUGAUUGAAUACCUCAGAUGUUAAAUAGGAAUUAUUAUGCCCUGUGUUCUUUUAUUAUUAACUACUAGACUGAGAUCAAGCAGCUUGACACCCACCACAAUAGAACUGCAGCAUGUGAAUGAUUUCACUGUGUCCAGUAGGCCACAGAUGUUAACAUAUUUCAAAACUCUCUAAUGUUGUGUCCAAGGACUCCAUCUUUUAGUUUUACCUCUUUUAACAAUCACUAACUUGUGGGAGUGUGGCUGCUUGUCUUCAUGUACAUCAUGUUGAGUAGAUUAUGAGUGUGGGGCAAAGAAACUGUUGCACUUAAAGAGGUUACGAAGACGCUGCCUUCAAAGCCUACGGUUCCUGUGUAAAUACUGGUUUAAACUGUUUGAAAAGCUAGUUUGGUGUACAUAGUUAUUUUAUGAUAGUAGUGUAUUUUAUAGUCAUAUAUGGCUGGUUUAAGCUAAACUGAUUCAAGAAUGAAGCGUUUGCCUCAUGCCUUAUUUGGACAUUAUGUAGAUAAGACAGAAGUUAUUUGAUUUGCCAUUUUGAUCCAUACUUUGAAUGCCAACAGCGGCUGGUGCUUCUGUUGAGGGGUAAAGAAAUGGGCGUUUCAUAAACACUGCAGAUGCUUGAAAUAAAAAUACAAUAACAAUUACCAAACCAA